UCUCCCGCAGGGCGGGCGGCCCUUCAGUAGCCGGGAUGAGCUCCGGGGAGCACGAUGGCCCGGGAGGCCGGGGGCGGGCUCCAGAGCUCCAGGUUACCACCAAAGAACAUCAAUUUGGUCUCGGGGCUCCAGUUUCUGAAGCUGGAAAAAACCAGAAUACUCUCCAACUAGAACAAGAAGUGAAAACCCAAGAUAGAUUCAUCUCGACACUGAAAUUACAGAUUGAAGAUCUCAAACAGACAAAUCAUGACUUGGAAGAAUAUGUUAAGAAACUCUUGGAUAGUAAGGAGGUGGUAAGCAGUCAAGUAGACGAUUUAACCAACCACAAUGAGCAUCUUUGUAAAGAACUGAUUAAAAUCGACCAACUAGCAGAGCAAUUAGAAAAAGAGAAAAAUUUUGUGGUGGACACUGCUGACAAGGAACUUGAAGAAGCAAAGAUUGAACUCAUUUCCCAGCAAAAUAAUAUAACAGUAUUGGAAGAUACAAUUAAAAGGCUUAAAUCUAUAAUUUUAGAGACUGAAAAAGCACGAAAUAAAUGUCCUUCUAGACUUGAUUCUUUUGUCAAGACUUUAGAAGCAGACAGAGAUUAUUAUAAGACUGAAACACAGAAUUUGAGAAAAAUGAUCAGAAAUAGAUCUAAAAGUCCAAGACGCCCAUCUCCAACUUCCCGGGGUGCAAACUGUGAUGUAGAACUUUUGAAGUCAACAACAAGAGACCGUGAAGAACUGAAAUGCAUGCUGGAAAAAUAUGAACGUCAUUUGGCAGAAAUCCAGGGCAAUGUCAAGGUUCUUACAUCUGAGAGAGACAAGACCUUCCUUCUUUAUGAGCAGGCACAGGAAGAAAUUGCUCGACUUCGAAGAGAAAUGAUGAAAAGCUGUAAGUCUCCUAAGUCAACCACAGCACAUGCUAUUCUUCGUCGGGUAGAGACGGAAAGAGAUGUAGCCUUCACUGAUUUGCGAAGAAUGACCACAGAGCGAGACAGUCUGAGAGAAAGGCUAAAGAUUGCUCAAGAGACAGCUUUUAAUGAGAAGGCUCAUUUGGAACAAAGGAUAGAGGAGCUGGAGUGUACAGUUCAUAACCUUGAUGAUGAACGUAUGGAACAAAUGUCAAAUAUGACUUUGAUGAAGGAGACCAUAACCACUGUGGAAAAAGAAAUGAAAUCAUUAGCAAGAAAGGCAAUGGAUACCGAAAGUGAACUUGGCAGACAAAAAGCAGAGAAUAAUUCUUUGAGACUUUUAUAUGAAAACACAGAAAAAGAUCUUUCUGAUACUCAGCGACACCUUGCUAAGAAAAAAUAUGAGCUACAGCUUACUCAGGAGAAAAUUAUGUGCUUGGAUGAAAAAAUUGAUAAUUUUACGAGGCAAAGUAUUGCACAGCGAGAAGAAAUCAGCAUUCUUGGUGCAACCCUCAAUGAUCUGGCUAAAGAAAAGGAAUGCCUGCAAGCAUGUUUGGAUAAAAAGUCUGAAAAUAUUGCAUCCCUUGGAGAGAGUUUGGCAAUGAAAGAAAAGACCAUUUCAGGCAUGAAGAAUAUCAUUGCUGAGAUGGAACAGGCAUCAAGACAGUCUACUGAAGCCCUAAUUAUGUGUGAACAAGAUAUUUCCAGAAUGCGCCGGCAAUUGGAUGAAACAAAUGACGAACUGGGUCAGAUUGCCAGGGAAAGAGAUAUCUUGGCUCAUGAAAAUGACAACCUUCAAGAACAGUUUAGCAAAGCCAAACAAGAAAACCAGGCACUGUCCAAAAAAUUGAAUGAUACUCAUAAUGAACUCAAUGAUAUAAAACAGAAGGUCCAGGAUACGAAUUUGGAGGUUAACAAGCUGAAGAACAUAUUAAAGUCAGAGGAAUCUGAGAACCGGCAAAUAAUGGAACAACUCCGAAAAGCCAACGAAGAUGCUGAAAACUGGGAAAAUAAAGCCCGUCAAUCAGAGGCAGAUAACAAUACCCUCAAAUUGGAACUUAUCACUGCUGAAGCAGAGGGCAACAGAUUAAAAGAAAAAGUUGAUGCCCUUAACAGAGAGGUUGAGCAACACUUAAAUGCAGAGCGCUCUUACAAAUCCCAGAUUUCAACUUUACACAAGUCUCUGGUGAAGAUGGAGGAGGAGCUUCAGAAGGUUCAGUUUGAAAAGGUGUCUGCACUUGCAGACCUGUCUUCCACAAGGGAGCUCUGCAUUAAACUUGACUCGAGCAAAGAACUUCUUAAUCGACAGCUGGUUGCCAAAGAUCAGGAAAUUGAAAUGAUGGAGAAUGAGUUGGAUUCCGCGCGCUCUGAAAUAGAACUGCUCAGGAGUCAGAUGACAAACGAGAGGAUCUCCAUGCAGAAUCUAGAGGCUUUGCUGGUGGCCAACCGAGACAAAGAGUACCAGUCCCAGAUAGCGCUGCAGGAAAAGGAGUCUGAGAUCCAGCUUCUGAAGGAGCACCUUUGCCUGGCAGAGAACAAAAUGGCUAUCCAGAGUAGAGAUGUGGCCCAGUUCAGAAAUGUUGUAACACAGUUGGAAGCAGAUUUGGACAUUACUAAAAGACAGCUAGGGACAGAACGAUUUGAAAGGGAAAGGGCUGUCCAAGAACUUCGCCGCCAGAAUUACUCAAGUAAUGCUUAUCAUUUGAGUUCAGUGAAGCCAAAUACAAAGUGUCACUCACCAGAACGUGCUCACCAUCGAUCUCCUGACCGAGGCCUCGACCGAUCAUUGGAAGAGAAUCUUUGCUAUAGAGAUUUCUGACAUGUGAAAAGAUUCUCCACAGCCUUGGAAAGGUCAAAGAUACAAACGGAUUUUUUUUUUUUUUUUGCUAUUUGAUUGCAUUUAUCUUUUGAAUGCUUGACAGUGUUAAAUGUAUUUAUUGACUUUGUGCCUCUGAGUCUGUUCUCGAGUGCCAUAUCACAGUGAUCUGGGGUGAUUCAUGCAAACAAAAAAUGCACAUGGCUCUUUCUAUCCAUACAGUAAUAGUGAGUGUAAAAUCUGCUUACUUCACUAGUGAGCACUGUUUUGUUAACUGUCCGGAGUAAAUAAAGAAGCUUAAAAAAGAGGGAAAAGUGUUUUUACAAAACUGAUUUCCUUUCCUUUCUUGCUAUCUCAAAUGACUGGUUGGUUAAAUUUUUUUCUUUAUGAUUUAUAUUCUCAUGGCUGGAAAAGCUGUGCUAACAUGGGCACAGCCUAACACUGGCCUGGGACCCAGUAUUGCAUUUUGGAACCAACCUGACAUGACUUCCAUGCCACAGUUUAUCUUCCAAGUAGGAGUGUGCCAGGGCUUUCAGCCCAUGCUGUUGUAGCACACAGCCCCGUACCAUGCGUUUUUGCAAUUUUGUCUGCUCCUACUGUUGUUAGAAAGGUAGGUGAUGAUCUAUCUAUCCAAAAUGUAAGAUUUUUAAAAAUCUGUAUUUUUAAUAAGUUUUCCUCAAAACAUUAAAGUACUGCAAUGAAUUUUAUUGCCAUUUUAUUAUUUCCCCCCGUGGUAGCUGUCUGUAAUCUAUCUAGAGUGACAAGUUAUUUCCCUCACCUGCAUCUCUCAAGUCUCUUUUCUGUCCAUAGGCUUUGAUUUAAUGUUGAUAUUAGAGCCUGAAUGCUACUGUAUUUUACUUAUAUAAGCUAUUUGUAUUCUUACAUUUUAAUAAAAAAGCAAGCCCUGUCAUUAAUAGUAUUCCUAUGAUGGACAGUUUCUCAUUGUAUCUAGUCAUUAUUCAAUAUGGCAGUAGUGACAAGGGUAGUGGCCUCUUGAGAUCUUAUUUCAUCAUGACAUACUCACUAGUACGCUGAUCUUUAUUAUAAAUUCAUGUCACAUGCUCACUUUAGUUUGGCCUUCCAGAACCUUAAGGCUUAUUCAUGAAGUUUUAGACAAUCAUUACAGACUGGCUAAAAAAUGGAUAAAGUACAGUACCUGCUCAUAAAUAUUUUAAAGAAUAGUAUGCAGAAUAGCUUUUCUGGCUCAUAUCAAAUAAGAUACUGAUGUACAUCUUGCAGAAUUAACCUCUUAGGUAACCCAGUGACUUUGCCAUUUGAUCACCACAGCAUUAUUAUUAAUCUGGUCUCCUAGAUAACCAACAAGAGCUGAGUAUCACCUAUGGAAAGCACUUGCCAGCUCGUACACAGAGUGCAGGGUGUUAGGAGAGGGGCAUGGGAAUAAAGCGUGUGAGAAAGUGUUUCAAUACUUGAUGAAAAGUAUACAAUGCUUGAUUCGUGACAUUGUUACAUACUGUUUCAGAGGAAAGUUACAUAGUAUGGCACAUACAAAGGGACCACUGUUAUCUAAGGCAAAAGAAAUCUCACCCAGUUAUCUAUUCAAACUUCAAAGACAAGAUUUUUUAUUAAGGUAAUAUUCAAGAAUAUUUGUUUGAAAUGGGAUUCUUGUCACUUGAUAUAAAUAAAUACUUAAUAGCCUGUUGAUGUGGUAGAGCCUGAUUGUAAACACAGUAUACCAAACAUUCUUUCUUGGAUAACAGCAACAGCAAAAAUCUCCUGAAAAGGGCUCAGAGCACAGAAAUGUUAUGCUCAAUACAAAGUGUCUACUCCUGCUGAAGUGAGUGUGUUGAGUAAUUUAAUUCAUUGAGUAAUUUAAAAACAGAAGUUUUGAGCUGGACAUGCCUACAAUUCUAGGACUUGGGAGCAGAGGCAGAAUGGUUACCAAAAGUUUAAGGCCAGCCUGUACUAUG